CUAAUUCUACCUCAUAAGUUAUCGCGCGGUAGAACUAAGAUGAAUUCAAAAGUUUGCGUCUUGAUUUUUCUUUUCGGAAGUUUCCAAAUUAUUUUUGGGCAAAAGUCUAUCAGCUGUACUUUUACUACAAUUAAAGAUACUUAUGCAUGUAAUUUGGCAAUCAUAAAUCCAACUGGAUCUGAAACGUUUACAAGUUUUGAUGGAACUCAUCAAUCUGGGAAGUAUGAUACGAACGUGCUUGAAAUUUUGGGAACGUCAUCAUCAACUUCAAAAAUUAUUCCUUCAUUAAUAUGUGAAAGGUUUUCAAAUAUCCAAACAAUAUCAUACGUUGGCAUGUCAAUCGAAACAGUUGAUGAAAAUUCAUUUAAAAACUGCAAAUUUACAAAAAGUAUAUCUAUUAAAGAAAAUGCAAUAAAUGAAAUUAAUGAAUUAGCAUUCAGUGAAAACACAGAACUUGAAAAACUUAUUCUAUCGCAAAACCAGCUGACUACCUUACCAACUUCAGUCUUUGACUCGCUAACAGCUUUACUUGUUUUGGAUUUAAGCAGCAAUUUAAUUGAGGAGGUUCCUAAUGAAUGGUUCGGAAAUCUUGCAAACUUACAAAAAGUAUAUUUAACUUCAAAUUACAUCAACGAACUUUCAAGUGGGCUUUUUGCCCCAAUAACCUUAUUAUUAUCUUUAAAUCUUGGAUUCAACAAAUUAUCUUCCAUAAAUUCAGAAUCAUUUGGUGAUUUAUCUCAAUUGGCAUUUUUGGAUCUACAACAUAACAAUAUUGAAGUAUUUGAUAAACGACUCAUUGAUAACGCAUCAGCGAUUACGUCAUUGAUGAUGUCUUCAAAUAACUGCGCUGAUGAUAAUUUUAUGAAUUUGGAUGAUAUAAAGGAAGGUUUGCAAGAAUGCUUUAACAACUUUGAAAAUAGUAUUGGAAAUAUAAUAACAACAGGAGAUUCACUCACAACAGAAGAUACCACAACUGGUGAAACUACAACCGAAGAAAGUACUUCAGACAGCACCACUGAAGAUACAACCACAGAAGAAGUAACAGAAGAAACGACGCUUGGUGCAGCAAGCGGAUUUAUGAUGGGAAAAAUUGUUAUUGCUUCCGUACUUAUAAUGAGUAUUAUAUUGAAUUAAGUUUUGUCAAAGAUAAUUAUCAAUCUUGAAUAAAAUAUUUUAUUUUACGAGAAAU